GUGGUGGUGAGACUAUAUGCAUAAAUAUAUAUAUUUUUUGGGUCAAAAUAAUGAAUAAAUUAGCAUUGAGGGAGAAAACCCAUAUCAGUAUUUGUGGAGAUACAGCGUUAGUACCAAAAAAAAAGGCCAACUUUCUUUCCUAAAAGAAACCCAUUAUCUUCUCUUCCCCGUAAACAUAAUUAUAUGUUUUGAAUAACUUACAAACAAUGGUAGUGCUGCUGCUGCUACUCCUGCAUAUCUCUGUUUUUUUUUUCUCUCUUUCAUAACUGAGUAGGGAGCCAAGAAAAGAAGGCCUCCUCUCAGUCAAACUUUGUCUGAAUUCAACAAGAUUUACUGGUCAACUACUUGCUUUGGAUCCUUGCCACUUCUUAGAAAGGGGUUGUAGUCUCAAAAGGGUCAACCGUCAAAUCUAAUUGCAGGCCAUAGAACUGGUAAGAGACAACUCCCAUGGCUGAUGCCAGUCCUAGGACUGAUAUCUCUACAGAUGUGGAUACAGAUGAGAAGAAUCAAAUGUUUGAUAGAGGUCAAUAUGGUCUUAUGGUGGCUUCUGAUUCAAGUGACAGAUCAAAGGAUAAAUCAGAUCAGAAGACUCUCCGUCGGCUUGCUCAGAAUCGUGAGGCUGCAAGGAAAAGCCGAUUGCGAAAGAAAGCAUAUGUCCAACAGCUAGAGAGUAGUCGAUUGAAGCUCACUCAAUUAGAGCAAGAGCUCCAACGAGCCCGACAGCAGGGAAUCUUUAUAUCAAGCUCUGGAGACCAGGCCCAUUCUAUGAGUGGAAAUGGUGCGAUGGCCUUUGAUGUAGAAUAUGGCCGUUGGCUGGAAGAGCAAAAUCGCCAGAUUAAUGAAUUGAGAUCUGCAGUUAAUUCUCAUGCAGGUGACACAGAGCUCCGUAUUAUUAAUGACGGUAUCUUGGCACACUAUGAUGAGAUUUUCAGGCUCAAGGGCGUUGCAGCAAAGACUGAUGUUUUUCAUUUGUUGUCUGGUAUGUGGAAAACUCCUGCUGAAAGGUGUUUUUUAUGGCUUGGUGGUUUUCGCUCGUCAGAGCUCCUCAAGCUUCUUGUAAAUCAGUUGGAACCUCUAACAGAACAGCAGUUGGUGGGGAUUACCAAUUUACAGCAGUCCUCACAACAAGCAGAAGAUGCAUUAUCUCAAGGGAUGGAGGCAUUACAACAGUCCCUGGCUGAAACAUUGUCAAGUGGGUCUCUUGGUUCCUCCGGUUCCUCUGGGAAUGUGGCAAAUUACAUGGGUCAAAUGGCCAUGGCUAUGGGUAAGCUAGGCACCCUUGAAGGCUUUAUUCGUCAGACAAUUUGCGGCUACAGACGUUACAACAGAUGCAUCGGAUAUUGACAACCCGUCAGUCUGCUCGUGCACUUCUUGCAAUACAUGACUAUUUCUCACGGCUACGUGCUCUUAGUUCCCUUUGGCUAGCUCGUCCAAGGGAGUGAAAUGACCGUGCAGUUUUCUUCUAGCUGAUCUCUAAAAAUGGUAGAGUUCUGCGAAUUUCUUAAUUGUCACAUUGACAUUCUCAGAUAGGGUGCUGCAGCAUCAUAACAAGUUUUCUUUUUUCUUUUUUGGGGGAAAAUUGUUGUGUAUCAUUAGUAUUAGUCUUGACAAGUUUACUAAUGUUGAGUUAUUAUGUCCUCUAGAAAAAUGGUAUUUUAGUGAUAAAAAUCUGCAUAUAUUAUUUAUUUUUGUUCCUAAUAAUAGAAAGAAUCAUCAUCGAUGUAAUAAUUCUACAUCUCUAUUAUGAAUUUGAGAACUUUUUAUAUGUAUAAA